UAAAGUCAAUUGGCAGUGUAGACCAUCUCUUGCACCUCCCUGGGAGAGUGGACUCUGCUUACAGCUCUUUCUCAGGGGGAUCAAAUGUUCCAGAGUAUUCCACCCCAUCGUGCUAUGGUGAAAACUGCUGUUUGCCUCCAGACCAGUGCAGUGCUGAUGAUCUCGUGCUCGAGACUGAAGAUCUUACUCUUGCGAGUCCUGCUUCAUCCACGGAUGAGAGUUUCAAGAACGACUAUAGAGAGAAACUCAAAGUGGCUCAGAAAAAGGUUCUGAGAGAAACUUCCUUUAAAAGAAAAGACUUACAGAUGAGUUUGCCCAUUAGACUGAGACAGAAACCCUCUAAAAGGCCUUCAAUUGAACACCUUAGGUCUUUCUCGUUAACCAGUGCAGGCGAGGAUGCCAAACCUGUUCCUUGUUCCCCUUCUCAUCUAGAAUCCUUGGAAAGUUUCAAUAGAGAUGAAGAAAUUAAGAGGCCGCAAACAGGUCGAAUAGGGGGAAGGAAAAGGGUAACAGAGGAGCAAAAGAAACUGUGUUAUUCUGAACCUGAGAAACUCGAUCAGCUGGCAGGUAAGGAAGUAUCAUGGAAUCAAGUCGGGGAUGAAAUCACUGAGCCAGAUAUAGUGGCAGCUAGGAGAAAGACUCUGGAAAACAGAGGGAGGGCACUUUCCAGUUCAAGUAUCUCCAGGACAGAGCUGAAACAAAUCCAGCAUACUGCACUUAUCGAAUACAUGGAACGAAAGAUUAAUCAAAGACCAGGUAGUUCACAACACCUCCCGCUGCAUAAGCUGCCCCUGCAGAAGAGGCUGUCGCAUCCCAAAUGGCCUCCUGGCAAGAUUUCCAAUCCAAACGGGAGCAGGAAGAUGCAAAACAAUGAGGUUUGCAGCCAGGUUUUCUCUAAAGAAGAAUCGCCAGACGUUUUUCCUCCUUUGGCUUUUGUUUCCCCGCUGACCGUGACCAGCAGGUGUGAUCCCAGCUCUGAUGCUGCUGGACGCUGGCAGAGGUGCCGCUGGCGCAGCGGCCGCGUCUCGGCGUUGCGAGAGCUGUCUGGGCCCCCCCAGGUAUUUAUUUUCUGUUCCAAUAGCAGGAGAAGUAGUAAAGAUGCAGCAGAAGAAUGUCCCUUAUCUGAACACGAUGCCAAGCAAAGGAGUGAAGAUCCUACCUCUAAGGGAACCCAAAUCCCGACCAGGAGCAGAGACAGCACGAACGACCUAGAUGACGUCACGCCUAAGAAGCUGGAACUCAUCUCCAGCCUCCGGUCAAAGCUGCAGACCCUGUGGCAGGAAAGGGAGCUCAUCCUCUCCGAAGCCAGGGAGUGCGCCGAGCGAGGCGAGGCGCUGGAGGCAACGGUGAGGGACGUCUGCAAGCCCAAUGAGUUUGAGCGCUACAUGAUGUUCAUCAAUGACUUGGAGAAGGUUGUGAGCCUCUUGCUCUGCCUGUCCAGCCGCCUUGCCCGGGUCCAAAAUGCCAUGAGGAGGAUUGACAGCAAUACAGAUGCUGAGGAGAAGCAAUCGCUGAAUGAACGGCACAAGCUCUUGUCUAGACAGCGGGAAGAUGCAAAAGACCUGAAGAAUGUGGUUUCUGGUAUACUUGCCAAAUACCUGACUGAUCAGCAGCUCCAGGACUACCGACGCUUUGUUCAAGUCAAGACCUCCUUGCUGAUUGAACAGAAGGACCUUGAAGAGCAGAUUAAAUUUUUCAAAGAACAAUUAGAAAAUCUCGAGAAAAGCAUCCCCCUCUAG